AUGUCCACUCCGACCCGCUUCAUCAGUGUCAAUGGCCAGGCCGCUCGGGCGGAGCGGACUUCAGAAGCGAAAUGGGCGGAGCAUCGCGCCGAAAUCUGCGACCUAUACGAAAGAAUGCUCAUAGAAUCUGUGGUCGCUACCAUGAGAACACGGCAUAAUUUUCAAGCAACCCAUCGACAAUACCAUUACCGAUUGAGGAAUUGGGGUGUCAAGAAGUACAACACCAAUACUGCCGUUACAACACCCACGGGGAACCAUACACUUGAGCCGACUGACGCCACUUCCUCGGGUGAGGUUGACAACAGCCACAACCUGCCCUCAGAUCGCGGGGCCGAAGACACUUCAAAACGACGAAGGAGUGCAGUUAGUUUCCAGAGUAUGUCCAGUGCCGGGGAUAAUCAGACACGUCCGUUGGCAAAGAGAGGGAAGAUGGAUACAAGCCCUGAUCAUAUCGCUAUGGGUCUUGCUCCAACCGCAGAAGGCACCGAGCCCCCACGACCUGGGACACCGUCCAGCACAUGCCGCCUGCGGGUGAGAGAUGAAGUCUUCUCCGACAUCUCGGACCAACUUCCUGCUUCACACCAGAAAACGCUGGCGAGCCUUUCACCCCUUGACAGCGAGACAGCCCUACCACUGCCGGGAGUCGAGUUAAAUUCCACUCCGAUCACCGCACUACCCUCAGAAAUUGUCUUCUUGAAGGCCGAAUCGGAAAAAUUCCAAAAAUUUCUCGAAUCCGCAGAAGCUUUGAAUGCCCCGGCCAUCCCAGUCCCGAGAAUACAAGAAGAGGCGCUGUUCCUUGAGGCCAACUUAAUGUCGCCUUACGGCCUGAAGUUCAUGCAAAACCUAUUGACUGUAGGUCCAGUGCGCGAGCUAGACUUCAACCUUCCAGUCGACACGUUCUCCAGGAAGGACCUUGAGAGCAUCAAGCGCGCUGCUGAUUACCUCGCAGUGCUUGGCUUCGGAGAAGAGGCUUUUGAACUCUACACAUUACUACUAAAGCGCUACCUGUCAGAUUCAACUUAUAGGGAUACGAGCUAUUGGUAUCUUGUGACCCAGAGCGUCAGGGUAGCUAAGAAACCCGCACACGUCGAGAUUAUUCACACUUUUCUUCUCUCUCAGCUGGAUGGGAUUCGGAGCUCUCAACCUGCCAAAUUAGCCGAUCUCUAUCAGUUCAUGAUCGAUAUGUUCCUCGCCGUCUGCAACCGAACUAGGUCACCGUCGGAGAUGAAGGAUUACCUCGCCCGUGCAACCGCGUGUCUGCGCGAGAAUCCCAGUAUUGGGGAGCAGGGACUUCCAAAGGGGGAUCGGUCGUUGGAUCUGCCAUUCUUUCGGCAGGUCCUCAGGAUUGCCAUAAGCUGCGACCUCAAAAACGUGAAGAAAUUCUCGCUCCCAACUUUUGAUGCGUCGUUGUAUCCAGCCAACAAGCCGAGGGGACAAGUUACACUCGAGGAAAUUUUCAUCCGUCGCUGCCCCGGCCCAUUUGAGGUCGGGCCAGAUGAUAUCAUGCACAAUCCUUGCGAAGACGUUGCUAGGUCUUGGGCGACGGCCAACGGGCUCUUCGCCGCCCUCUGGGAUCACUGGAUAACCUCCGCGGAUAAGACGCAUGUUUGGAUGACGCAGACCGAAAGAAGAAUGGGCAUUAGCCCCUGCGAACUGCUCCUCUUGAUAUCUCGGUGCAUCCACCAGGUCGCUGACCACGCUUGGGUGUUCUUCGGCGAGCUCAAACUCUUCAGGGACGCGGUGACCAGCCUGUCCAUCGAACCUGAUCGCCUCCUAGCUCUUAGGGUACUGAAGCAGUACGUGUCCAGGCAUACCAUCGUUACCUUGCCAGAUUUUCUACUCGAGGCUCAGAGGGGAGCAAAAUCGGACACCUUUUCACACCUCAAAAAGGCGCUUGGGAUCAGCUUUGCGAGACUUGGUCAAGCGCGGUCCUCGCGGAUCCCAUCAAUCAUUUACUCUCCGACUGAUACCGCUGUUGCUGCUAGGGAUCUUGAUGCCGCCACUUUGCUCAGUUCUCAGGCGUCUACGACGACAUCGUUCAACAGUUUUCGCAAGACAAAGCUCGCGGUCGAAAGGCGCCUGCGAGAACCAAACGGCACAGCACCAGACACAUCUGCAGAAAGUACAGCUGAAAACUCAUCGGGCAGAUUUUCUCUCGCUGGCUUGAGCGAUCUCAGUGAUAGAUUCCUAGAGUCGCUGAGAUUUUCGAUGAACAGCGUCAGUAAAUAUUCGUCGAUCCGUGAAAGUGUGGGAGAGGAGGUGGAUAUUGGGGAAAUGAUUUAA